AUGUCCCACGUGUCUGACACUGAAGACUCAAUGUCUAUCCCGGAGUCAGCAAUCUCCGAGGCAGCCAGCCGUGCUUCACACAGGCACUGGACCAUCCCCAGGUUGAUCACCGAACUCAAAAAGAAGGGGAUCCGUUACUCUGCAUCGGCUCGAAAGGCAGAGCUAUAUCGUCUGCUCUUUCCUGAAACGCCCAGGGCCCCUGAACCACCCGGAGCUUCCGAAGACCUGGUCUCCAUGUCGACCAUCCAGCUAUCAUUGACCCAGCUCCACGCAACCAUAAACAAUCUGGCAUCCCCGAUUUCGGACAUCGACUCACGACUCCAGGUCAUCGAGAACAAGGAUUCCGCACCUCCUCCCCCGGCGGAGCCCGAAGCCGUUCCUUCUACUUCCCGGACCAACCCACCAGAUGUCAAAGUAAUUAAAAUGAAGGAUCCAGGGAUCAGCCGAUAUCUCUUACACCUGUUCAUGCUGAUUUUAACCACUGGUCUGGCAACAUCAACAGGUACAAGUUCAUUUUGGAAACAGAAAGCAAUUGUUUUUUCAAAAAAUACUAUUGGACAAAUUCCAAAUACCGAGAUCCCAGAGUUAUCAGAAUUUACAGCAUGUUUGGAUAUAUUUUAUGAAAGCGAUACCCCUUCAACUGCAUUUUCAUACUGUGUUCAAAAUGGAACCAUCCCUGAGCUUGGUUUCAGUAGGAAAUGGGGUAUGCUUGAAGUUUUUCAUUUGGGAAAGGUUUAUAAAGUUAACAAAUACUUGGAACAAAAUGCUUGGCAUACUGUAUGUAUAAACUGGAAGAGACAAGACAAGCAGCUGGUGGUUUAUGUGAAUGCGACACAUGUCUAUAAGGCUACAACUGAAGACGGAGUGAUCAAGGGCAAUGGGAGCUUGGUUUUGGGUGCUGAACAUACCAAUAUAGGAGGUCGGAUUAAUAUAGUUUCUAUUUCCUUGAUGUCUGGAGAGCUUUACAACUACCAGAUGUGGAACUAUACAAGGUCUCAAGAACAACUACUUGACUGUAUAGAAGGGAAUUUACUCAGCUGGACAAAAGAUGCACUUAGACGCUUUAGACGCACUAGUGAGGACGUGCAACUGCGCUGUGCAAAUCCAACACUUACACCAACGCCAGCAGAAAGUACAACCACUCUGACCACAACUCUUGGGACAACUACCUCUACCAGGACACCAACACUAGAACCAGAAAAUUCAGCAUCCACUGAGAUCUACCCUGCGGCCACUGAGAGUUUUUCUUCUGUGACAUCCACUCCUAGAAUUUUCUUCACAACCUUAACUCAAAAGGAAACUGCUAGCAAGAAUGCCAGCGGCAAUUUAACAUCUACUGGGCUGCCUGGUACUCUGCCGACAAGCCGAUCUGUAGAACCUAACCUUUCUACUGAAGUCUCUACUACAGAGUCAUUACCUGACCUAUUAACCAAUUCUAGUGUCAAAUUACCAACAGGUAAUAACGUAUCUACGACUAGUAAUAUGUCCUCAACGUAUCAUAGCCCACCAGAACUGAGAACAACAUCUGUUGUGCCAAUUUCAUCUUGGACAAACACCACCACUAUACAGCAACAGGCAACUGAUACCAAGAGUACACCAGAUCCUCAGGUCAUAAGUACAACAGAAACUCCUAACAUUUCCACACAACCUACGAAUGGAACAACGCCUCAGGCUAUGAUUACAUCUCCAACAACCAAGUCCAUCACAUCAUUAACUGUUACUGAAGUAUCUAGUGCUUCCUCAAGCUCUUCAUCAUCUACGCAUAAGACUUCUAUUGAAACCUAUUCUUCACCUCUAACUGUGAUUACUUCAAGUAGUACGCCAUCUCCUUCUCCAAAUACUACUCUUAGCGGGGUGACGGAAUCAUCAGUUUCACUUUUAGGAACCACAUAUAUCUCUGCAUCCAGCGAGAAACCAACUACAGGGACAACUACCUCUACCAGGACACCAACACUAGUACCAGAAAAUUCAGCAUCCACUGAGAUCUACCCUGCGGCCACUGAGAGUUUUUCUUCUGUGACAUCCACUCCUAGAAUUUUCUUCACAACCUUAACUCAAAAGGAAACUGCUAGCAAGAAUGCCAGCGGCAAUUUAACAUCUACUGGGCUGCCUGGUACUCUGCCGACAAGCCGAUCUGUAGAACCUAACCUUUCUACUGAAGUCUCUACUACAGAGUCAUUACCUGACCUAUUAACCAAUUCUAGUGUCAAAUUACCAACAGGUAAUAACGUAUCUACGACUAGUAAUAUGUCCUCAACGUAUCAUAGCCCACCAGAACUGAGAACAACAUCUGUUGUGCCAAUUUCAUCUUGGACAAACACCACCACUAUACAGCAACAGGCAACUGAUACCAAGAGUACACCAGAUCCUCAGGUCAUAAGUACAACAGAAACUCCUAACAUUUCCACACAACCUAAAACACCUGAACCUACGAAUGGAACAACGCCUCAGGCUAUGAUUACAUCUCCAACAACCAAGUCCAUCACAUCAUCAACUGUUACUGAAGUGUCUAGUGCUUCCUCAAGCUCUUCAUCAUCUACGCAUAAGACUUCUAUUGAAACCUAUUCUUCACCUCUAACUGUGAUUACUUCAAGUAGUACGCCAUCUCCUUCUCCAAAUACUACUCUUAGCGGGGUGACGGAAUCAUCAGUUUCACUUUUAGGAACCACAUAUAUCUCUGCAUCCAGCGAGAAACCAACUACAGGGACAACUACCUCUACCAGGACACCAACACUAGUACCAGAAAAUUCAGCAUCCACUGAGAUCUACCCUGCGGCCACUGAGAGUUUUUCUUCUGUGACAUCCACUCCUAGAAUUUUCUUCACAACCUUAACUCAAAAGGAAACUGCUAGCAAGAAUGCCAGCGGCAAUUUAACAUCUACUGGGCUGCCUGGUACUCUGCCGACAAGCCGAUCUGUAGAACCUAACCUUUCUACUGAAGUCUCUACUACAGAGUCAUUACCUGACCUAUUAACCAAUUCUAGUGUCAAAUUACCAACAGGUAAUAACGUAUCUACGACUAGUAAUAUGUCCUCAACGUAUCAUAGCCCACCAGAACUGAGAACAACAUCUGUUGUGCCAAUUUCAUCUUGGACAAACACCACCACUAUACAGCAACAGGCAACUGAUACCAAGAGUACACCAGAUCCUCAGGUCAUAAGUACAACAGAAACUCCUAACAUUUCCACACAACCUAAAACACCUGAACCUACGAAUGGAACAACGCCUCAGGCUAUGAUUACAUCUCCAACAACCAAGUCCAUCACAUCAUCAACUGUUACUGAAGUGUCUAGUGCUUCCUCAAGCUCUUCAUCAUCUACGCAUAAGACUUCUAUUGAAACCUAUUCUUCACCUCUAACUGUGAUUACUUCAAGUAGUACGCCAUCUCCUUCUCCAAAUACUACUCUUAGCGGGGUGACGGAAUCAUCAGUUUCACUUUUAGGAACCACAUAUAUCUCUGCAUCCAGCGAGAAACCAACUACAGUCAUUUUCUACAUGGUUCAAAUCAAGUUCACAACCCCAAGCCCAGAUGUGAUGGAUGAAGAUAUGGCUUCUUCCCUUAUACAAAGCAUGAUGGACCAACUUCUCAACAACACGGAAUUUGCUGCAGUCCAGAUUACUGUCUCCUAUACAGUAAAGGAUGGAGAUAACCACUGUAUUCUCCAACCAGUGGAGAUGAAGUUAACAGAAAGUUGA